AUGGCGAUUACAAGAAGCAAUUUGGAUACUAAGAGACCUACAAAGAAGAAGUUUCUGGAUACAGAUGUCAGUGAAAUAGAAUAUCAUACUGCUGACGAAAUAAACGCCAAAGAGGAACCACCAAAGUCACAACCGGAACAAGAUUCUGAAUCCGACUCUGAUUCCGAUGAAGCGCCAGAGGAAGAGUCUACCAGCUCAUCUAAGAAAGCCAUAAUAGAGAGACAAAAGCAAGAGCGUUUGGCUCAACAGAAGUUGAAGGAAGAAGAGAGAGAAUUAAGAAGACAGAAGGACUUAAAAUUCAAGCAACAACAAGAAGCCAAGAAGGAAAGAGAGCUUGAAAAGCUUGCAAACAAGCCCCAGGAAUUACCCGAGUUUCUUCCUGAUGACAUUUUCGAAGCCUUGGAAGAGAAGGAACCUAAAGGAAAGCAUAUGAAAGCCAAGGAAUUGGACGAAAUGAGUCAGAAGUUGUUACGUCAGAAAAUGAAAGAAGAGAAAUUGCGCAAGCUUAAGGAGUCUAGGACAGGUAUUUUGAAGAAAGGGCCAAUAAAUGUCCAGGUCCAAUCGUUCAAUUUGCAUAAAAAGGCAGUCCCAAAAGCUGAAUCUCGAAUUCUUGACACCAAGGCACAGUGGUUCAACAGAAGUUCCUUAAACAAGAAAUAG